AUGUACGAGGCGAAACGGGUGGCCAAGGACGGGGUGGUGGUGCUGGCCCUGUGCAAUGCGGGCUACCUCGACCUGCUCCUCAACUGGAAGGCCUCCGUCGAUCGGCUCAACAUCACCAACUACGUCAUCGUGCCCAACGACAUCAAGGCCGCCCAGCAGCUCAGCUUUCUCGGAAUCGAUUGGGCGUACGACCCCGCAAUCGGGUUGGGCGAUCUGGCGUCCUCCGAAGCGGCCCGCUACACGACCGACAAGAAGGACCCCAUGCACCAGAGCUGGAACCAGGUGGUGCACAAGAAGGCGGCCAACGUGCGGGCCAUCAUCGCCACGGGCCUCAACGUCUUGGUGACGGACGUGGACAUCGUGUUCAUGAAGGACCCGCUGCCGCUGUUCGUCAACAAGACUGUCGAUCUCUUCUUCAUCAACGACGACAUGCGCAAGGGUGGACAGCAAGCGCUGUGCGGAGGCUUUUGGCUGGGGCGAAGCAAUGAACACACGAUGGCGUUCAUCGACUCGGUGCAGCGGUGCGAGCAAAAAGGAAUCAAGGAGCAGCCCUGCUUCAACAAGUGGCACGACAAGAUAAGACGACAGAGAAACGAGGUGAUGCCCAUGGACGACUUUCCCAGUGGCUACUAUUACUUCCACGAGUUCUGGAAGACAACGAGCGACGGAGUACGGGUCAAGGUCAGGCCAGACCCCUACAUUGUGCACAACAACUGGAUCGUCGGCCACGAAAACAAGAUCGCGCGGUUCCUCCAGCAUGGCCUGUUGAUGGUGCGAACGAGCGAACUGGCGGAGAAGAUGGCCAACUUCAGCUUCAACCCCAACAUCACCACGCACGACCAACUGGUCGCGUUCCAUCUACAACAGCGCGUUGGCGAUGUCGAUCGCGUGCACGAUGUCUUGUCCGCGAUCCUCGCCGGCAACGCCGACCACGUCGUCGUGCCCCAGGCGUCGCCCACAGUGCCCAACGCGUACUUGGCGGUCCUGGUGUGGAGCUGUCCGGCCACCCUCUGCCUUGUACUCCUGGUCUGGGUGCGCCAACGCCGACGAUUGUGCCACCCCACGAUCGUGGCCACUUGA